UAGCGAGUAUCAUGAAUAUUACUUUCAAAUCAUGUGAUCAAAUCAAAUAAAAUAGGAAUGUUGGUAAACAUAAAAUAUACAAAAUAAAAAGAAAUUUGUUCCUAAAAAAAUGAAAUGAAUCCGACCAAAGGUCGGGUAGAGGCUAGUUUUAUUUAAUUUAAACCCACUCAAAUGUUCCCCAAGCAGGCAGCACAGGUGUGGCCCAAUACCCGUUUGAAGAUGCGGCCCGGUCUGUUGCUCCACUUGGCCUGAAAUAAAUCCAGUCCACUCGACCCGGCCCAACUAGGCAAGUUGUUGUGCGGGCGGCUUAGGGUUCGCGAGAGGCAGAAACACGUCGUCCUCCUUCCUCCGUCGUUUCCUCCCCGUCUUCGUUCCCAGCAGCCCCGUCGGCGGUGAAAUAGUCCUCCCACGGCAGCUAGGAAUCCAGUCUGAUUCCGACCUCGCCUCCUCCUUGGUCGAUACCGCCACGGGGGACGUCGUACUCGUCCUCCGCUCCAGCCUCCUGUCUGUCGUCUCCUCUGGCGACUCACGAGGAGGCUCCUCGUCGCCCUUCGCCUUCUUCUCCCUAUCCUCCAUCAUUCCUGGCGGCGAGCGAGGAAUCUCACCGCCAGCCCUCGAAUUAAUCUCCCCGAUACCCGACGCCACGAACGGCUCAACCUGCCCACUUCGAGACUCCUUCCUUGGCGGUAAUGCUCUCCUCCAUCGGCAAAGUGGAGUCACCUCCACUUUGGUAAUAAAAAAAGUCACCUCUCCACUUUCCCUUGCUCUCAGGCUCAGCUCAAUCUCCCGCCAAAAUUCUCAAAAUCCCCCAGCUUCCAUCCGUUUCUUCACCUGCAAUUCUGCAGAUGUCGAAGUCGAACACAUCUUCUUCGUGGAUCGCCCAAUUCAAACCGGGCGACCGGGUCGAGGUCAGCUGCGACGACCCCGGGUUCCGCGGCUCCUGGUUCGCCGGCACCGUCAUCCGCCGCGAGGCGAAGAACCCUAAUCGCUACGUAGUCGAGUACGACCAGCUCUACGAGGACGAAUCUGGAGAGAAGCUGCUGCAAGAAACCCUCGAUUGGAUCCAAUUGCGUCCACCGCCGCCUCCCGAGAAGAAGAAGAAGAAGGUCCAGUUCAAGUUCGGCGACGAAGUGGAGGCCUUCCACAGCGACGGCUGGUGGGAAGGGGCUAUUACUGCAGAGCACUCCGGCAGGAAAUUCGCGGUGUUCUUCAGAGGCUCAAAGGAGCAGAUCGUGUUUGAAGAGAAAGAUUUGAGGUUGCGGAGGGAGUGGGUUAAAGGGAAGUGGGAGCCGCCAUUCGAGCAGGUUCAGCGGGAGAAAGAGAGGUCGCUAGAGAAAAUUGAAACUAGGCCAAGCAAAGUAGCAAAACGUGAGAGUUCUUCUGUUAGCGAUGCAAAGACACCAGAGAAUAACUCGACGAAUGUUGGAAAAGGGAAGAAGUUGUCUGAGCCAAAGGCAGACUCAAAUUGUCCCAAGGAAGUGAUGAAGUUCACUCAAGGAAUGCAAGUCGAGGUGACAACUGACGACGAUGGUUUCAAAGGCGCUUGGUUUGCUGCAACAAUUAUUGAACCUUCGGGUGAAGACGAGUACCUUAUUGAGUACAAAACCCUGACGAAUGAUGAUGAUACUGAGUUUCUCAGAGAAGACAUUCGUUCUUGCAACAUAAGGCCUUGUCCGGCGGAGACCAUUGUUGUGGAUGGAUUCAAGGUGAUGGAUGAAGUAGAUGCUUACUACAACGAGGGCUGGUGGGUUGGCGUGAUUGCAAAGGUUUUGAUCAACUGCAAGUACGUGGUUUACUUUAAAGAGACUGAUGAGAAGAUAACGUUCAAGCAGGCUGAUUUGAGGCCACAUCAGGACUGGUUGAACGGCAAAUGGGUUGUUCCUUCAGAGUUCAGAUUUCUCUGAAACCCAGAUGCCAGAAACCGAUAAAGAAACAAACUUUUC